AUGUCAAACGCAUAUGGGAAUAACAGUUCUUUACCUUUGAAGGUCAACUGGUGUACAGGAGAACCAACAACGUGGCUUUCUUCGCAUGGACUGCAACAUAUGAAACUAUCAGGCUCACAAACUCCUCCAAAGAAGAAGAGAAUAUAUAAUAAGAGAAAGACAAAGCUUGAAUUAUUGGGUAAUUUGGUUCCUCCCAAUGAAAACACAAGAAUUCGAAGCAAUGAUGAACUAGCAGAUGAGUUGCGAAGAUGUUUGCUGAGGAAAAGAUACUUCAUAGUCAUCGAUGAUUUAUGGAGCACUGAAGCGUGGAAUGACUUAAAGAGAUGUUUUCCUGAUAAUUACAGUGGUAGUAGAAUCAUUUUGACAACUAGUUGGUUCUUAUUGCAGAAGAAUGUGUUUGGAGAAGAAAGUUGCCCUCCAAAACUUGAUGUAAUAGGAAUGCAAAUAGCACAGUACUGUGGAGGGCUUAUUUUGGUAGCUGGUGUUCUUGCAAAAUUGGACAAGGACGAAGUUCGUUGGGAAGAAGUUGCUUAUGAUUUCUGGUGA